GGGUGGGAGGCGCCGGCCGAGGCUAUAAAAGGGCGGGCGGGCGCGCGCGGCGCGCAGUGCGGGCGCCACGUGGAGCGGACGCGGAGCGCGCGGCACCGCCAUGGCCUCCAACGAUUACAGCCAGACGGCGACCCAAAGUUACGGCGCCUACCCCGCCCCCCCCAGCCAGAGCUACUCGCAGGGCGGGGGGCAGAGCUACGGGCAGCAGAGCUACGGGGGCUACGGGCAGAGCUCGGACACGGGGUACGGACAGGGCGGGUAUGGAUCCUCCUACGGGCAGAGCCAGAGCGGUUACUCGGCGCCGGCGGCUCCUCCUUCCUACGGCUCCGGCGGCUUCGGGUCCGGGCAGAGCUCGCAGGGCAGCUACGGCCAAACCUCCUCCUACCCUGGCUACUCACAGCCCCCCGCCGCGGCCUCGGCCUCGGGCAGUUACGGCAGCGGCUCCGGCAGCUCCAGCUACGGGCAGGCGCCGAGCGGCGGCUACAGCCAGCAGCAGAGCGGGGGCUACAGCCAGCAGAGCUACGGGCAACAGUCGUCCUACAGCGCGCCGCCGAGCUACAGCCAGCAGGGCCAGUACAGCUCCGGGGCCUCCAACAGCUACGGGCAGGACGGGGGCAGGGCUUCCAAAAUUCCUGAUUAUCUUCUAAUUUAUCUCCUCAGCGGUGGUGAGCGUGGUGGCUUCAAUAAAUUCGGUGGACCCCGGGACCAGGGGCCCAGGCAUGACCCAGGCGAGCAGGACAACUCGGACAACAACACGAUCUUCGUGCAGGGGCUGGGCGAGAACGUCACCAUCGAGUCGGUGGCGGAUUACUUCAAACAGAUCGGCAUCAUCAAGACCAACAAGAAGACGGGCCUGCCCAUGAUCAAUCUCUACACCGACCGUGAGACCGGCAAGCUCAAGGGCGAGGCCACCGUGUCCUUCGACGACCCGCCCUCGGCCAAGGCCGCCAUCGACUGGUUCGACGGCAAGGAGUUCUCGGGGAAUCCCAUCAAGGUUUCGUUCGCCACUCGCCGCGCCGACUUCACCCGCGGCGGCGUCGGCCGCGGCCGGGGCCGGGAGGUGAGGCCCAAAAUUCAACUUUUUCACACCAAAAUCCACUUUUUCCAUCCCAAAAUCCACCUUUGCACCCCAAAAUCCACUUUUCCAUCCCAAAAUCCACCUUUUCUAGCCCAAAAUCCCCUUUUCACUUCAAAAUUCACCUUGCUAUCCCAAAAUUCACCUUUUCUAGCCCAAAAUUCACCUUGCUAUCCCAAAAUCCACUUUUCCAUCCCAAAAUCCACCUUUGCACCCCAAAAUCCACUUUUCCAUCCCAAAAUCCACCUUUUCUAGCCCAAAAUCCCCUUU